UUAGUUCUAAAUACUAAUUGUUGUCUUAAGUUACUCACAAAGCGGUCAGGAUCCUAAUCUACUGUUUUUGAUUUGUUAUCUCAAGUAAAGGCGUUAGAUUUCUUCCUAUAAAUCUAUACGUUGUUACUUGGAUCUUGUCAAGACUUUAGAACUAACGUUCUUGGAAAUUCGUGGAUUGUUCCUUCGAAUUUCCCAUAUCUUUUAUUUUCUAGUUUUUAGAUUCUUUUCUAUAUUUGCUUCCGCACUUCUUAUAUUUUAAUUAUAAAUUUGGGAUCUCCCUAACCUCGUUGUUAUCAAGUGGUAUCAGGUAUCAGAGCGGUUCUAUCAAGAUUCCGUUCUUGAUAAUCUUGAGGAUUUCUUGAAAAAAAAAAAAAGAGCAAAAAUAAAUAAAUUAAAAAGUACUGUAGCAGUGAACAGUGACGAAAAAAAAAAAGAAAAAAAAAAGUUUAGUGUUUGCUCUUCAAGAAAUUUCUUCCAUUUAUUUGUUUUCUAAAGAUUAAGAUAGAAAACAAGAAGAGGGGAUCCUAGAUCUUUAAAGCUAAGAAGCAAUCAAUUUUUUUCUUACUCCUUUUAGCUUGUUAAAAAAAAAAAGUCCUUUUUGUUCGAGUCUUGUUUCAACUAAAUUCUAAUUCUUUCUAGGAUUGGUUCUUCAUUUUUUUAGUGCCCUAAAAUUCUUUAUUUUACUACUAAGGGCUUGAUUCUAGUGGGGUUUAAUUAUAAAUCCACAAAGUGUUUUCCCAAAGGUUAUUUGAGGGGAAAAAGGCAAGAGUGGGUGAGAAUAAUUGAGGAAAAAAGCCAAAAAAAAAAAAAACUGAGUGAUACAUUUUCUUUAAAAUAACUAUGUCUUUCACAAUUGCAAGAAUCUAUGAUUAUGAAGGAUUGGCCAAGUGCGGCAGUAAUCAUGUGGUACUACCAAGAUUGUGCAUGUGUGCUAGUAAAGAAACUUACCUACAAUGGGAAUACUAUAUGGAGCAUAUAUUUGCUUGUAACAAUUUUUGGGAGAUGGAAAAAUUGGAGUUUGCCACAAGGGCAUUGUCCUUGAAAUUACGGAAGAUAGUCGAUGAUUAUCGUAAUCCUCAUUGGGUGAAAUUUAAUCGGCUACUUUUGACGUGGAGUGAUUUAAAGGAGGAAUUGAGGCGCAUUCAUUCUAUAACACUGUCCCAAGAUGAAGCUAACUCCAAAAGUCCUAUUCGUUCCAAUAAGAUGGUUAAGUAUGUAAUCUUCCAAGAGGAGGAGUCAAGUUGUGAACAAAAGAGUGACUCUUCAUCAUGUGUAACUUCUCUUACACUAACAGAAGUUCCUAAACCUCCAAAAAAAAGAGAAGAUGAGAGAAUAAAAGAACUGAGUGAAAAAGAAAAUUAUAAGGAAGAGAGAUACAAAAUUGGGUGGAGUAAGGGAGUGCAAAAUGGUAACUCAAGAGAGGAAAAAGGAAAGUUUCAGUUGAGAAAAGCGAGUGAGUUGUCACAAGAAAAGAAUGGAGAUAAAAACAAAAGCAAGAGUGAAAAGAAUGAGAGUGAAGGCAGAGAUGUUAGAACAAAAAGUGUUUUGUUACAAGAAUUGAGAGAAUCAAAAGAGAGCUUAAGUGAGAAUGGUUCUUGUUUAUCUUCUAACCUCCUUACUCUUUGUCUUUCUAGUGUUUUUGAAUCUACAUUGCAGGUUUCGGAACAAGCGCCCAUGCGGUCUUUAGAACAGCAAAGAAAAGAGAUAAAGACCUUAUGUUGCCAAGAAGAUUCUGCAAAAUUUUCAAGUGCUACAUCACAUGUAGACCAAGGUAGAGGAUCCUUUAAGGAAGCAACUUGUGGUAAAAUGGCUAAACCUAAUACUUCAUGUGCUUUAAAAGCCAUUGAAUGUGAAGGAAUUGUAGGUAAGAGUUGUGAUAAUUCAAUUUUUGAAUCUGUUGUUUCAUCACCUAUGGAUGAGAGUUAUUCUCCUUGUUUAGGUCAUUCUUUAUUUGACUCUAGUGAUGCAGUUGUUGAUGAGAACUCAUUCAUGUCUAAUGUGCACUAUGCUAGUAAUCUUUUAGUUGUAGCAAUGGAAGGGGAUAUGACUAAUCUCAUUAGUCAAGGUUUUAAAUUGUGUGAUAACCCAUUGUGGGAUGAUAAUAAAGAUGAGUUUGCAGUUUAUUUUUGUCCACUUUGGGAUACCAAUGAAGGAAGAAAAGAUGGUGAAAUUCCCAAUGAAGAUAAUGAGACACAUGAAGCUUUUGGUGUCUUAGAUAUUAAGGAAGUUGAGCUAAAUGCAGGAUAUAGUCACUCAAGUGUGGAAAAGGAUAAGUGCUCACACAUUGCUAAUUUCACAAUAUCUUUAUCUUGUUUCGUCGAUCCUUUUUUGCAGGUUUAUUCCAAGCCACUUCUUGAGGAAAUUACUUUUGGUCCAUAUCUUGAUUAUGGUAUAUCUAAUGGAAAAUAUCAAGAUUCAAGGACGAGAAUAAUCUUUAAGAGAGGAAGAAUGAUAGCAACCAUGAAGGCGCAAAUGCAUUAAAUAGAAAAUAAGGUCACCACCAAGAUUCGAGACGAAUCUUCUUUAAGAGGGGGAGAAUGAUAGCAUCCAUGGUAGCUCAGAAUUAUUGAAGGACGUGGAUGAAGAUAUGGAAGUUCCAAGAAGACCCAUGACAAGAUCUCAAACGAGGAAAUUGCAAGACAAGCUUAAUGGGCUGCAAUCAACA